UGUCUUCUGAAACCGACGAAUGACACGAUCGGCAUUCACAGGAUAUGGCUGUGGUCCAUUUCCAAAGGAAUCCAGGAAUGUUGUCCGGGAGAGAACACCUCCCCGACGCGAUCCUCGUCACGUGAUCCGGGAUAACAGAAAGGAUUUGAAGUUGGCGACCGACAGCGAGGGAGAGUUCGCGCAGCUGAGAGAUCGACGAGACUCCUGACUUUUCGAUCGACCGGUGUUUUGGGAGACAUAUUCAAGAUGGCCAGUGACAGUGGAAUCCUGCUGCUGGUGUGGGUUUUGCUGCUGUCAACAUUGUCUGUCCACAUGGAGACCCUGAACCCCUCUCUAGCCAGCUACAAUGAGGUUCUGAAACAUGGAGACCUGGAGCCCAGCAAAACUGGUAGCUUGGAUCAUACAAUAGACAACAUAAUUCAAGGUCAAAUAUCACCAGAGGAAGACACAACUGCAGCACCCAGCAAGCCCUGCCUUGGAAAUCAGAUUGUGCUUGAUACAACAUCUGAAUGUGGCUGUCCCCAGGACCUGAUCCUACAAGAAGGAAACUGUACCUGUCACCCUGGCUUUGUGCUUCAGGGAACACUGCUUCUGUGCCAAGAUGUUGAUGAGUGCAAGUCAGAAAAAAGCCCCUGCGGAAUCCAUGGUAGCUGUGUGAAUACUGUAGGCUCAUUCCAUUGCAAGUGCCAGAGAGGAUUUCUGAUGGGAGCAGUUGGCUGUGAAGAUGUGGACGAGUGUCAGCUGGCCCAGGUGACGGGACUGCAGGCAUGCUCUGAGCAUGCAAGCUGCUUGAAUACCUUGGGUUCUUUUUCCUGCACUUGUGAGCCUGGCUUUGUGCUGGCACUGGAUGGCAAGUCCUGUGUAGAUGUUGAUGAGUGCUCCUUUGAAGACCGUUGUCGCCGAGAAUUGGGGAACAUCUGCGUCAAUACGGUCGGCAGCUAUGCCUGCAACUGCCACACUGGAUUCAGAGCUGAAAGGCUAGCAUGUUUGGAUGUGGACGAGUGUGCAGAAACUCCAGGUCUUUGUGAUGGCAUUGGAGUUUGUGAAAAUGCAUUAGGCAGCUAUCGAUGUGUGUGCCAGUUAGGGUAUCGAGGCAAUGGAACACAUUGUGAAGAUGAGAAUGAAUGUGCCUCUGGGAAACAUGGAUGUGAUACCAAUGCUCGAUGUGGCAAUAUCAUUGGGUCAUAUUUUUGCCAGUGCUACCAGGGAUUCAAUGGUGAUGGGCAUUCCUGCUAUGAUGUUGACGAGUGCUCUUUAAAUAAUGGGGGCUGCCAACACAUUUGUUCCAACAUACCUGGAACAUACCAGUGUUCCUGCAGAGAUGGUUAUCAGUUGAUGGAUGACACUAUGAAUUGCACAGAUAUCGAUGAAUGCACACUUUUCAAUGGGACAUGUGAUCAGACUUGUACCAACACAAAGGGAUCUUUCCUGUGCUCCUGCCAAACUGGUUUUCAGCUUCAUGUGGAUAAUCGACAGUGUGUUGAUAUUGAUGAGUGCAAACUGCAGAAUGGUGGCUGUUCCCAUGGAUGUACCAACAGACUGGGAGGAUACAGCUGCGAGUGUCCUACACUACUGGUACUUGAUAUGGACAACAGGACCUGCGUCAACAUUACCUCAUGUGAACUGAGGAAUGGUGGUUGUUCCCACAUUUGUACUGAGCGAGUUGCAGGAGAGGUGGAAUGCAGCUGCAGGGCAGGCUGGGAGUUGAGUGACAACCAGCGAGUAUGUCAAGAUGUGGAUGAGUGUGGUGACUUCACUAAUGGAGGUUGUGAGCAGCAAUGUGUGAACCACCCUGGGAGCUUUAACUGCAGCUGUAAUAAAGGAUAUGAAGUCCGGCCGGAUGACCCAAGCAAAUGUCAACCUGUAUGUGAGCCUCCCUGUCAAAACUAUGGAGUGUGUGUCGCUCCUAACACCUGUGACUGCCCGGCUGGUUACCCAGGACCAGGCUGCUCUGCGUCCUGCUCUCCUCCUUGUGCUCAUGGAGGCACAUGCAUGCGGUGGAACACUUGUCUUUGCACAGCUGGCUGGACAGGUCCUGGUUGCCACAAUGCGAUCUGUGAACUUCCUUGUGCCAAUGGAGGCCGCUGCAUUGCUCCAGACACCUGCCAGUGUCCAUCUGACUACACUGGGGCCCUCAGUGCCUGACACCCAUGUGCACCCCACCUUGCCUAAAUGGAGGUCAGUGCAUUGACGUGAACAAGUGUAUUUGUCCUAAAGGCUGGCAAGGAGCUCGCUGCCAAACAGAGCCUGUCCUGUGUGAGAAGAAGUGCAAGAACGGAGGUGUCUGCAUGGGCUACAAUAGAUGCCUUUGUGAAAGUGGAUUUACAGGAGAUCUGUGCGAAACAGCUAUAAUAGAGCCCUGUAUCCCUCCCUGUCAGCAUGGAGCCACCUGCCAGCAGUUCAACAGAUGCCAGUGCCCCAAAGGAACAACAGGACACCGUUGUGAGAGGCUCACCUGCCCUAUUGUAACCACCACUGUUAGUACAGCCCGUGCAGUACGUCAUGGCGUGAGAGAGAGUUAUGUGGAGCGGUGCGGUCCCCUCGGAGUCCGAUUGUGCACCAAGUACAGAAUCAAUCAGGCUCGUGUGUAUGUGCAAGCAUACAAGGUAGGCUACAAAAUCCAUUGUCCGCAGUGAUCCUGUGAAGGGUCCUGCAUGGCACAUUUUCCAUGGUUCUCUCGUGGAUGGACUAUAUACUGUCUUUAAAAGCCAAAAUAUCAACCGUCAAGAGAAAGCGUUCUGCCGGGCAAAUGCUGAACAAGAUGCCAUUCAACUUGAAGACAGCCAGGCCACAUCCUACUUUCACUACUGCUCAUCAGUCUCCAGGGGUUACAUCUUUUAGAAUCACUCCUUAAUAUUUUUAUCAUGAUACCCCAGAUCUUCUUCUUUUAGAAGUCUGUUAAGACAAUGAACAUGCAUCUUAGAUAUUGGGCUAAUUUAACUUUCAAUUCAGCUAAGUUUUAGUCAAGUUGAUGUGUUUGUUUUUUCAUACACCUGCUUUGUAAUUUUUAUUUUUUUACAUCUACAGCAUUGUUUUGAUAUUGUGUUUUCUAAUAUUUAUAUCUUAUCUUACUUGACAAAUGCCAGCAAUCAUGCCUUGAAAUAAAUGGUACUGCUGCUACUGUAAGAGACAAUUUUUAUUAAUGUGUUGUUUCUGACCACUAAUGCUAUGUGGCACCCUUGAUGAGAUGGCUGACUACACUACCCAUGUUCUGUGGCUGUGCCUCUUGCUUUGCAUGAGUAUGUCCCCAAACAUACAUGAGUACACGUGUAACAGACACCAAAAGACUGCCUCCAGAUAUGUAUGUGUGUAAUAAACAAUUUCAUAAUUUGUGAUUUUUCAAUAACAUAAACAUAUAAAUUGAAUAGUGAGAUUGAAACAUAUAACCCAAAAAACUUGUAAUACAGAUGUCAUAAUUCAAAAGGUGAAGUGAGUAAGUAAAUUAAUUCCUUGACCUAUGUAUAAGCAACAUCAUAUGUCACGAGGGGAAAAGGUAAUGGACAGUGCAGGAGGUGACUGAGCUACCUGGCCGUUAAGGAGAAUGCCUUCUUACCCAAAUGGGAGGCCAGAGUAGAAUGAUAAACGGAUUACCUAGUGGGACAGAAAGAUAACUUUGUUUCUGGCUGGUAUAAUAUAGUGGAUGGACCAGCAGAAGCCAAGAGUCAAUAGCUGUUCCAUCCCCAAUACGCAAGGUGGCAGUAGUCCACGUAUGGCAGCUUAGUCAGGACACCCCCAAGGGUACUUGAAAGUUGGAGUCUGGAAGUGCAGCCCUGUUGGGAGCCCCUGGGUACUGAUAGAGGGCACUGUCGGGGGGCUAGGGGGGGGCUCCCUACUUUCUUUAUGGCCCAGAAGUGCUACCACAGACACAUGGCAUAGCACUGGAGUCAGUCCCGGGUCCAUCUUAAAAGGGAGCCCGCUGCCUCACAUCAAUGAGUCAAGGUCGGUAGGUAGCCAGCAGCACUCAAUGGGAGAAAGACAGGAGGAAGAAUUGGUUUAUUUAUUGUGAUUGUGCAACUGGUCUUGGAAAGGUGAUUGUGAAAACAUGUUAAGGAUAAAUAAAUAUCUGCUAUUUAAUCCUAA